AUGGCCUCGCAUGCCGCCCCAACCGCUAAGGAGAGGAAAUACGACCGCCAGCUGCGACUCUGGGCAGCUAGCGGCCAGCAAGCCCUAGAGUCUUCUCGAGUGCUUCUCAUAAACUCCGAUGGGCCGGUGGAUAGUGAUGGCUCGGAAUUGACUGGUGUCUUGGGUGUUGAGACUCUGAAGAAUCUCGUGCUUCCUGGGAUUGGUGGCUUCACGAUUGUUGAUCCUGCAACCGUCUCUGAGGUUGAUCUAGGCGUGAACUUCUUUCUCUCUGAGGACAGCCUUGGUAAAUCUAGGGCUGAGGAGACAUAUAUUCUCGAAGAUGAAGACUUUAUUCCCCAGCACCAGCUUGUCAUUGUUUCCGGGCCAAUAAGGCAGUCUAUCCUUCGAACCAUAUCACAAACUACAAGGCGGCUGGAUAUACCCCUAAUCUACACACAUUCGGUAGGGUUUUAUGCGUCCUUUUCGCUGCAGCUACCAUCCGCUUUCCCCAUAGUCGAGACACACCCUGAUGCCAGCUCCACUGAAGAUCUUCGUUUAACAAUUCCCUGGCCGGAACUUGUGGCUGCAGCAAGCAAGGCGGAGAACCUGGAUAGUAUGGACGACCACCAGCAUGGACAUGUUCCGUAUUUGAUACUUUUGCUACACUUCCUUGAGAAGUGGAAGGUCAACCAUAACGGCCUGUACCCUCAGAACUACCGGGAAAAGUCCGAGUUUAGGGACAUGGUUAGAUCUCAUGCUAGAACUAAUAAUCCUGAAGGAGGCGAAGAAAACUUCGACGAAGCUGUGGCGGCUGUCCUAAAGAGCGUUGGUCCCUACUCCUUAAGUAGUGACUUGCGCAAUGCCUUUGAUAUGGACGAGUGCUCUCAAUUAACAACUAGAUCAUCCAAUUUCUGGGUAAUAGCGGCCGCAGUCAAAGACUUUUAUGAAACACAUUCAGUUCUGCCUUUGUCCGGGUCACUACCGGACAUGAAGGCGCAGUCGUCAGAUUAUAUCUGGUUACAAAACAUAUAUAAGUCAAAAGCACGAAGGGAUGCGGCUGAAGUACUUGCCACUGUUCGGAAUCUUGAAUGCAAGCUACGUGCCGGCCCGGAGAGGAUGCCGAUAUCAGAAAAGGAGAUUGACACUUUCUGCAAGAACGCAGCUCAUAUCAAAGUGAUUAGGGGCAACGAGAUUCCAAUAUUAUCGCCUGUGCCAUCAGGAGGAAUUUCACAGCGAACAGUGAAGGCUAUUAAGAGCAGCCUGCAAAACCCUGAUUCUCUCAUUCCAAUUUUCAUUGCGCUGAGUACUCUUGACGGCCUAGUGAGUGAAUUCAAAGAGAUAGGCUGUGCAGGGAUGACGGAGGAACCAUCACACAUUGAUAAAUCCGACAACUGGACGGCAAUGCUCUCGAAAGUCCUAGCUGGUCUAGGCCAGGAGGGAAAUGGUAUGGAUGAAAGUGAAAGCGAGAUUAGGUCCCGGGUCGAGUCGGCCAUAUCGGAAGUGCGGCGAGCGGGGAUUGGAGAACUGCAUAAUAUCUCAGCUAUGGCAGGUGGGUGUAUAGCUCAGGAGGCCCUCAAAGUGCUCACAAGACAGUAUGUGCCCCUUGACAAUACCUUUAUCCUAGAUGGGGUAAGGUCCCGGGGUGAGAUGUUUAGAUUAUGA